AUGACUUCGGCCUGGGUAACUUUGGCUACGAAUGAUGGCUAUGCUGUCGGUGCUCUUGUCUUGGCCCAAUCUUUGAAAGCGGUUGGAACCAAACAUAAGAUUCAUAUUUUAUACACAAGUGGAGUUUCCAAUGAAUUGAGGUGGGUGUUUUUCGGUUGCCUUGUUUAGAAUCGAAAUAGAUUAAUAGGUAAAUGUGAUGUAAUUUGUGUUUGAUUUGAAAUUAUAUAGUGUUUUAGAGAGAAAUUUCAAACUACGUUUGAUGAUAGCACCUUGGUCGACGUGUUGAACAGCAAUGACUCUACCAACCUCGCUUUAAUUGGCCGUCCCGAUCUCGGAGUUACCUUCACCAAACUUCAUUGCUGGAGAUUAACCCAAUACGAAAAGGCCGUCUUUCUGGAUGCGGAUACGUUGGUCUUAAAGAACUCGGACGAGCUCUUUGAACGGCCUGAAUUCGCAGCUGCUGCGGAUAUUGGAUGGCCUGACUACUUUAACUCGGGUGUGUUCGUAUUCGUUCCAUCAGAGGAGACCUAUAAGAAGUUGGUUGCUUUUGGAGUGGAGCAUGGCACUUUCGAUGGAGGAGAUCAAGGACUUCUCAACCAAUUCUUUGCUGGGUGGAGGGAUUGGAGCUCAGCUCAUCGUUUGCCUUUUAUCUACAAUGUGACUUCUGGUGCCAUUUACAGUUAUGCGGCUGCGUUAAAGAAGUGAGUUUUUUUUCUUUUGUGAAUUGUUUUAUUACGCUAUUUUCAGGUUGGCUUCUGAUAUCAAAAUUGUGCAUUUCCUGGGUGCCCGGAAGCCCUGGCAUCAGGCUGGCGGUCAAGUUCACAUUUCUGAACAUCUGGCGUAUUGGCAACAAUUGUACCGUGACCAUGUCCAAUCGUCCCUUCCGCCUCAUCUUGUUGUAGGUUUCGAUGAUGUGACUCCCCUUGAAUCUAACGAUACCUACCCGACAUCUACUAAUCAGCUUGAAGAGACACAGCUUACAGUUAGGGUAACAUAAUUAACAGUUUGAAAUGUUAUAAUGUGCUGUGUAGAUGUUGUUUUUAUGUUUUUAUAGGGUAGGAUUAGUCUUUGUGGCCCACCUUUGUCCGUUACUCACCUUUUCCCUUCUCUUGUCCUUGUUGUAUUUAGUUUAAACUACGGUUUAAGCUGUUUGGGAGUGGAUUCCCACCGCCGAGAUCUCUACUUCAUAAAGGACAUGGACGUCGGAGACACCGAAUGCAUGAUCAUGGCUCACAACAUCAUGAACAUUACUCUCCUCCUCAGCAACAUUAUGAGCAUUUUGGGAGAGACCCUGGACGCAACGAAGUUUAUAUUUCGGGACCGCAGAAACGACCACAGUUUGAGCCGCCCCAAGAAGUACGUCAUACUGAGCCCCACUACCAGGAAGCACAACAUAUCCGUCCUCCAACUCCUCAGCAACAUCGCGUACAUGUUCACGGGAACGAGCCAUUCCAGCAUGAUACCCAGCAUGAAGUUUUUUAUCGACACGAACCUCAAAAGCAAGAGAUCUGCGUGCCUCCUGAGAGCGAUGAUGUUUCUCAACCUCAACAAGAUUACAGCGAGCAUCGCCAAUCGCAUAGUGAAGUAACUCGUGUGCUUGAAACGUCAAGUAAAGAUUGCAAUCCACAAUCUUAUCCCGAAGGACAAGGUGCCGUUUUUCUGCACCCGUACCCGGUUGAAUUUGAGUCUCGGGAUGACAGAAAUGAAGUCGACUCUCAAACUCCCUUCUCGAGCGCAUAUGUUGCGUCGUCAGAAGGUGGGACUAUCACUGCCAAAGGGGUAAUAUUUCCCUUUUCUUUCGAACCAAACUUCCUGCCAUUAUAGGUCACUGACCCGACCAGUCGAAGCCUUCGAAAGAGCCUUUCCAAUAGUUCCAUAUCUUCCUUCGCCUCCUCUACGGUGCUUUUGUGUUCUUUUCUUAGACGUUUGUAUUUGUUACUUAGAAUUGGUGUUAGUCGAUUAGAUGAAAUUUGACUGUGUUUGCUGUGUCAGAUGUAAACAUAAUUUGGAAUAUAUACUUUUUGAGAUUUUCAUUGAGGUUUUUAAGAUUUAUUUGGGUUUUGAGUGGUGUUGGGGUUACACUUUUUGCAUAGUGAUUUUAUUAUUACAUCUAUUUUUAGUCGUCGGCUGACGAAAGCAAAUGGGAACGUCAUUAUGAAGAAUGGGACCGCGGAGCCAUUGAUUACACUGGUCGCGAUGCCUUUGAGAACAUCCAGAAACAGUUCGAAAAAGCGCUCAACGAAUGA